CGCUGCACGGCCCUUGCACACACACCCCACCCCCAUCCCAGGCAACGUGCGGGGGCCAGGCCACAGCAACGCAGCAGCAAUGGUAGCGCCCUUCUGCGCCAGUGGCGCAGCAGCCAGCCCUGCUGGCCGCGGCACGCUUGGCUGGCUGCUGUCGCUCUUCCUCGGCUUCCCUGCCGUGCUCGCCGCAUCGUUCGCCUCGGCGCCCUUCCUGACGAGCGUCAUUGCCGCGCCGCUGCUCGUCGUCCUGCUGUCUGCCUAUCCGCUGCUCGUGGCACUCACGCCUGUCCGGCGCGAAACCUUCGCCUCGGAACGGUCCUUCACCAGCAUUGAUCCCCAGACGGGCGAGCAGUACACCGGAACGCUGCCCGACCUGCUGCAUGACGCCGGCCGAGCCGCGCAUGAAGCAUUCGCUGCAGCAGAAUGCAACACAGAGACCAAGACCGACGCCAACGCCAAUGCUGAGGUCGAGCUGUCCGUCGUGGUGCCCGCAUUCAACGAGACCGCGCGCAUACAGGGCAUGCUCGAAGAUGCGCUUGCGUACCUCGAUCCGUGCCCCUCCUUGCCAUCAAAUGCAGAGGAACCUGCCGCCUCCAACUGCCCCACGGCGCCUCCUCCCUACCCUCACCACCACCCCUCACCCUCACCACCUCUAGCAGCAGGAGCGCCGCCAACACCACCGGCGCCAAUCAGAUCCUACGAGAUCAUCAUUGUCGAUGAUGGCUCGACGGACAGCACGGCCGCCGCCGUACUGCGCUACGUGCGCGAGAAGCGCAGCGCGCGGGGUGUCGUCCGCGUCAUCCGCCUCGAGCGCAACCGGGGCAAAGGCGGCGCGGUGCGGCAUGGCGUGUUGCACGCGCGCGGCGCGCUGAUCCUCUUCGCCGACGCCGACGGCGCCACGCGCUUCGCGGAUCUCGGCCUGCUGUGUGGCGAGAUGGCGCGCAUUCGCACGCCCAGUGGGCACGGCAUCGUCGUCGGCUCGCGCGCGCACCUCGUCGGGAGCGAGGCCGUUGUCAAGCGAUCAUUCGUUCGCAACUUUCUCAUGCAUAGCUUCCACCUCUUCCUCUCGCUGCUCCUGCGCCCGCCGUCGCCGCAUCAACUCCUGCAUUACCUCCCCUUCUUCUCCUCCCCCUCUCCCUCUUCGUCUUUGCGCCCGCACCCAUCAAUAUCUGCAUUAUCAUCAUUACCUGCCUCACCAUCGACAGCAGCAGCGCCGACGACACGCCGCAUACGCCUCCCCGCGCAGCCCGAGAUCCGCGACACGCAGUGCGGCUUCAAGCUGUUUACCCGGGCGACAGCGCGCGUCGUCUUCCCGCUCGCGCACAUCGAGCGUUGGAUCUUCGACGUCGAGCUGCUCCUGCUCGCCGAGAUGGCGAGCACGGCGACGCUGCGCGGCGACGUCCUGUGCACAGAGGGCUCCGUCCGGGCGGAGCGCCUGCGCCUGCGCAAGGUCGGGCAGCAGCAGGACGGCGAGAACGCUGAUGUGGACGAGAAUGAUGUGCUACUGGACCUGCCCGUGCCGAUCGCAGAGGUGCCGGUACACUGGGAGGAAGUGGGCGGAAGUAAGAUCAACCUGUUGAAAGACUCUGUCGGCAUGGCGCUGGACCUGAUCGUCAUCCGUGCGAACUAUGCGCUCGGCCGCUGGAAGAGCCCCGGUCCUGUGCGGAUACGCGCAGAAUAAGCAGGCAAUGACAUCGUUGUAAAAACGCGUGCUUAGUGUGCGAUGGACUCGCGGGUCCACCGUGCGGAACCGACGUGCCAGACCAUCAAACACAUUGCAAAAUCUUAACCAUGGAAAAUGCAUGUGGUGCUGAGAUGAAGUAAGACACGUGUACAUGAUGA